GUUUUGCCUCGCCUUCUUCGUCAGCUCCGUCGACUUUGUCAAUUCUUCUUUCCAUAGAUCUCAACUCUUCAAUGGCCGAUCCAUCUCUUCCUCACUCUCUUCUGUUUCUCUGCACAGUUUCAAUUUCUCGCUGAAUCUGAAGGUUUCGUCAACAUUUUCGUUUGCUUCGGAUGCGCUGGCCAGGAAAUUAAUAAAUCAGCUGUUUCACAUUCCUCUAAUUUCCCACAAACAGAGAAAGAGCUAAUAUAGUUCAGGAAUGGAAGAAAAUAGAGAUAAUGUGUCUGGGCAACAGACAACUUCUGAAAAAAAUUUGCGUCGCCGUACUAGAUAUGCAGAAAUGUCAGCAGAGAGAAAAAAUUUAUUUCUAUCCCAACUAAGACAAAAAAGGGCUGAAUCAAAACGACAAAAACUCCUUCAUCAAUCCAAUAGUAAUGGCGCUCUUACAAUUACCACUUCUUCAGUAUCUUCUCAACAAGCUUGCAAACCUACAACUCUACCAGUUACUUCAACUACAGGACAACGUAUGGUCAAUUGCUUAUCUACCUUUGAAGUAGGAUCAACAUCAAUAACAUCUCAUGUUGCAACCACAUUAACUUCCACAUGUACUCCAAACAAAGGAACAACUUAUUCAAUCAAGGGUAACAAUUUACAUAGUUCUACCUGAAGGAAAUGACAAAGAUAACCUACCUAAAAAUGCAAAUAAAUGAUCAUGAGGUAAUGAGAGAAGCAUAAAAAAGGUCAAGCUCUAGGCACAUGUGAGCUAACAUUGGAAUCAUCUAAUGUUCUACCAAAAUCUUCAACCUCGGGGUUGAAAAUUGAAUCAUCCACGCCAGCAAAUGCACUAUAAAAGGAAGUAUCUUCCUUACUUUUGUACUUUUUGGUGAUUGCAAAGGAAUUUUUUUUUUAUUAUCAUCCGCUACAACUAUGCUCAAUAAGGAACACCCAUCAUAGGGAACUAACAAAGAUGUUUUCCAGUUUUUAUGUCGCUUGCUUUAACCCAGGUUGGUAGUUCGAACUGUUUGAUAAUUCUGAAGACCUAACCAACAGAUAUUAUUGUAUUACUUUUCUCUCUGCUUUCUAUUGGUGUUUCACAUGUUUUAUCACCCUUUGCAGUAAAUUUUGAGCAGUCUGUUGUAGCUUGAAGGUAAUCGUCUUCGAAAAUUGACAUCUCAAAAUAAUAUUCAGUAUGGGGAGGAUAAAGUGUAACAACACCUUACCUCACCUCAUGCAAGUAGACAGAUUGUUUCUGAAAUUUUCAUACUUGUCCAAUUGUCUUAUUAUGCUGAUAUAAUUGUAUAAGAAGCCUCUUAUAGAAGUAAUUGAAGGAGUUGCAGCAGGGAUAUUAGUGUUCCAACAAAAGCAGAAGCUAUUAAAAAUUAUUUGUCAAAGAAAAAAUUGAAGUAAUUAGCAUUACACGCCUAAUGAAGAUGUUCAAAUUUAUGACCGUUGAAGAGAUUCCCUUGAAUGGUAGAAAAGGAAAGCAACUUCAGUACAUAGUAUAAUUGAUCAAUUAUGUUUCAGGCUGCUUCUGUUAAUAUUGAUAUUGCUGAUGUUGAUAAUCACUUGGCUGCUGUGAAAAUGUUGAAAAUAUAACCUCAUAGGGGUAUACUGAAUAUCAUGUGUAUCUGUUUUCAAGUUGUGACUUUACUAUUCAGUUACUUUAUUGUAUAAAAAAAAUUACUACUUUUGUGACUUUAUUGUGUAGUAUACAAAAUUCAUGCUAUUUUGAUGAUUUGGCUGAUUUGGGACGACCGUCGAUUAUGUGAUUAGAUGAAUUCUCAACAAGAGAUCAAAAUCACGAUCAGAGUAAUUCUUGUGGAUUGACUGAUAGACUAAGUUGCGUGGACUCUUCACUUUCGAUGCCGCACCCGUGUUGAAUUCUCCAAAAAUACACAAUUUUUGGCGAAUCCGACACGCACCUCUUGACAUUUUUGAAGAGUCCGAGCAACAUAGCUGAUAGAAGCACACAAAAGCUGCAGCACUGAUGAUGCAUGAUGACAUACAUAGGUUGAAUAGAAGUUCUUUUCAAAGACAUGAUUUUGAACUAAAUGCUGGACCUGGAAUAGUAAAUCCAGCUUCAAGGCAAAUUUACUUCACAUUUCCUGCUGAUACUACUUUGAAAGAAGACGAUCUUUCCAAUUAUUUCAACUAUUAUUCAUUUCAAAUAUUCAAUGUAUUAAGGUUGGCCUCCUCAGUUUACUUUCUUAAAUGUUGUUAUUCUUCAAUUUUCUACCAGUUACAGGCCUACUAACAAUAAUAUGAUCCCUUUAUGUGCAAUUUAGUCUAAAGAAAUGACAUUUUACCUCUGUUAUACUCUGCUUUUUUCAAUUUUAGUUUAUAGGUUCGGACCAAGGGUUUGGAGUAAUAAGAGAGUUAAAGGAGAUGAUGGACACAGAGUAGGAUCUUCAAACAUACGGAUAUUUAUGAGCAAGUCCAUACAGCCCUUGAAGAUUCUGAAAAAGCAGACCCUAACUUGUUCAUGAUUUAAUAUUUCCAUAUGUCACCUCCAAACCCAUCAUAAUAUUAUGAGCUUUUAUAAUAUUACUGACUACCUCUGUUGUUGUUGUACUGUGUUAUUACAAAGCCUCAAAUUUAAAAAAACAAAAUUUAACAAAUACGUGCGGAAUAUAUACAAAACACAAUGUCAUACUCCCUCAGAGAUAAAAAUGUUGUUUUUUUCUCCUACUUGAAUCAGUUGGUGGUCAGACAACUGACUAUCCAAUUGACGAAUGAUUUGCCUGUUCAACGAACACUACAUUCAUUUCAUCAAUAUCUCAACAUUAAGAUCAAAAACACAACGACUGUUGAUGAGAACAACUAACCCCACAUUUGCAUACUCUUUGGGAGAAUUGUUAUACAUACUGCAACUCAUCUACACUCUGUAGACGCCCAGAGGUAUAUUCUUCAGGAAUGAACUGUAAGAACUUCAUACUCAAAAUAUCUGCCAAAUGUCUCCAUUGCUCAUACGCUAAGUGGAAACCACAAUGCAUGUGUGGAAUCAUACAUAGUUGCCGCAAGGAUAAAACAACGUUGUUAGUGGACUUCCACAAACUUAGCUCUCAUGCUAACUUGGUGUCAGGAGGUACACAAUGACUGCAACAAGCGUUGAAUCUGGAUCAUCGCUACAUUACAGCUUAUUCUCGGCAUUCAACUACUACCAAAGAACUUGGGAAAUUGAAAGAAUCAAUUGAAGGUAUAGUUAAUCUUCAAAUAUUACCAUAUGUGGAACUGUUAAAUUCAGGUUUGCUGUCUGAUGCACACGUAGCAGCACAUAUGUCAUUAAGACAGAUUUUCAUUCUGUAAAGACUGCCUCAGAUUUACCGCAGAUGCUUUUCAUGAAGAUUUCCAUCAGCACCAAAAGCUUUAGUAUUCAGUUGUAGAACAUGAUCAUCCUCUGCCUCCAAAGCUUGUACCCUUUUUUGGAUCAGUAUUGCAUCCACAACACAAUUUUUAGCAUCUUCUUUCUCCUGAAUUGAUACUCUACUUUCCAACUCUUUGAACUUUUCCAAAUACAACUUCAGUUUUGCCUCAACUUUAGCUUUUUCAUUUUUUAGCUACUCAUUUUUCUUCUGCAUAUCCUUCAAUCAAUUCUCCAUCGAUUGAAACAUAUGCAAAAGAAAAAUGAGAACCUAAAAAAUGAAGAAGCUCAAGUUCACGCAAAACUCAAGAUGUAUUUCGAAAAGUUCAAAACAGUUGGAAAGUACAGUAUCAAUUCAGGAGAAAGAAGCUGCUAAAAAUCGUGUUGUGGAUGCAAUACUGAUCCAAAAAAGGGUACAAGCUUUGGAGGCAGAGGAUGAUCAUGUUAUACAACCGAAUGCCAAAGUUUUUGCUGCUGAUGGACAUCUUCAGGAAAGGCAAUUGUCAGCACCUACGCCUCCAUUGGUUGACUCAACUGCAAAUCGAAAUGGAAAUGGAAGUGAUAAAUGAAGACAUGAAACUGCAAGCAGUGAUAACACAGACUUCAUUUGUACAAAAAUGAAUCUGCUUAAUUGUCCUGAUAUCCAGACAUUGCAUCCCAUGCCUUCUGCUGGUAAUUCUGCUCAACUCAAUACCAAUGUUUCCAACAUAGAAACGAAGAGACACCAUUCAAAGCAACCAGGCUCUCAUUCAAGAACAAAUUUUGCUCCCUUUCUCAGAUACUACUAUUUGGUUAACUAUAUUUCCUACAAACAUGGUACUAUGACUUAACAUUGACCAAAUAGAACUAGCGACACGGGAUUGGAUUUGCAAAGUUCAAAUUGUCGAAAUAGGACGCCCACGAGAAAGCCUUGACAAGAAAUGUACAUUCCAAAAUUUGAUUUUGGAAGAUGAAGAGGAAUGCCAAAUUAAGGCUGUUAUGUACGCUGACGAAAUUGAGCAGUAUGCAGCUACACUUAAACUCUUCCAUACCUACCUGAUCUCUACUGCAAGAGUGAAAGCCUCCCAAGCUUCAUACGGCAAGCCAAUACAUAAAUUUUACUGGAUUCUUGACAAAGAAACAGUAAUUGAACAAAUCAAACCAUCUCACGAAGUUGAAAAUGCACUUCCACCGCCAACGAAGCUGAAUAUCACAACCUUUGACCACAUUCCUCAUCUGAUGGUUGAUUCUGCUGCUGAAAUAGAUAUACUAGCAAUUGUUCUUCGUUGUGGUCCUCAAAAAAACGCCGGUCGCAGUCAUCAUAGGUGUCGAGAAAUUACCCUUUGUGACAAUCAGAAAAGUCAGUUUCUGUUCACUCUAUGGGAGGAUUUCGGCGAAAUAGAAGGACAUGAAAUUGCCUCUAAAAUGGCAACAGAACCAGAUCUGCUUGUCAUCCUCGCAAGAAGUAUAGGAAUCUCUACUUAUCAAGGGUUGUCACUGCAAACUAGAUACAAUUCCACACUACGUGUGAAUCCCAAUUACCCACAGGCAGUGGCACUCAUCAACUGGGCAAAAGAGAACAAAACAAUGUUGUUAGGUUGUCCAUCAGAGAAAACCUCAACAAGCUCAUCUACCGCUCCCAUGAUACUCACUACUGGUGGCCAACAACUUCUCUCUAUUGCACAAAUCUCAUCAGCACCUUCUAUGGGAAUGUUCUAUGUUGAAGCAGAGAUGGCCAUAUUAGAUGAUUUCCAAGACUUUUGUGUGCUUGAAUGCUCAGGAUGCAAACAGAAGAAGCGGACAAAGGAUAGAAAGGAUUUUGANNUGAAACUUCCCUUCAUUUCAGCUGUAGCUUCCAAAUUGAUCUUAUUGACAACACUGCUACAACCACAGCAUCUAUCUCUGCUGAUUUAGGAGAAAAAAUACUCUCCAUGACAGCAGAAGACAUAUUUGACAUAACUUGCACUAAGCGACAAUCAUUGUCUCUUACUCAUGUCCAUGAGAUGUUGUCCAACAAAGUAUUCACAAUUCAGCUGAGGAAGUCAUCUUGGGGCAGCUCAAAUACCACGCAUACAACUUUGUCCAUUCUUUCCUACACAGAAAAACAACAUGCUCCACAGACCACCACUGAUAGGACUUCUAAAAAGAUAAAACCUUUGGAAAUAACUGAGGUAGAAGUGAUAGCAACAACUACUGCAGCUGCUUCUUCAAAUGCACCGCCCAAAUUUGAACCUCCCACACCAACCAAAAAGGUGUAAAAGGAACUACCUCGCACCAUUUUGUGACUUUUGCUUAUGAUAGGGACAAUAUAAUGAACAACUCUCCCUAUGCUGUGGUUUAUUUCAUGAGGAAGAUUAACUAUGCACAAGCAAACUGCAGUGUCUUCUAAAUAUGAUACUGCAACAUGUAUAUUGUUUUUGUUAUGUUCCAUUAGUUAGUAUGUGUGAAUAGUUCAACUCGACAUCAUACUGAUGUGUAUUGUACAUAUUCUGAAUAUUUCUAAUAGUACAUAUUAUAUAUAUGCUAUUAUCUAUCUUCUA